CGGACUAUUGCUUUGUGCUUCUUUCCUUGGCUGUGUUUGAAUGUAGUUUUAGCACUCUAUUAUACUCUUUCUCUCUCGUCUCUCCUCUCUCCCUCAAAAACAGAGUAUAGCAAAGCAUAAAACUUACUCGGUUUCCUUCUGUUGAAGAAAACAGAAUAGAAUGGCGUGUGAACUUUGUUCUGAGUUCAAUAUCAUUGGCUCUACGUAAUUCUAGGAACACCCCAGAUCCUAAAAUCUCUCUCUUUCACUCUAGAAUCUCUUCUCUCUCUAGAAUCUCCGAGUUGCUUGUCUGUCGUAACCCACAUUUCAAUUCCAAAAAGGGUAAACAUUUGCAUUUCACUUUUUUUCUGGCUUUCGUUGGAAUUUCUAACUUUUUCUAUUUAUGGACUUAACCACAUUGGGCGGAGAAAGUUUCGGUACCCACACACCCUGGCUGUUGUUCCGUUUGGGCAAUUUGAUUCCGUUUUGCAUUGGCUGAUUCUGAAUUCGCAUUGUCCAGGUUGUAGAAAUAAAAUAAUUUUACUGGAGCCUUCUGAAGUUGUUGAUUGGCGAAGUAAGUUAUUGAUCAGUUGAUUCUGAAAAUUCUGUGUGAAUGCUGAUUAGAUUGCAUGCUUAAUGCUGCAAAAAUCACAGCCUGGAAAAAUGGAAAUUUGCAGUGGGAAUUAUUAGAGGAAUUUUGCAGUGUCCUUGUCGGAAUAGGGGCCUGUGGAGUAGAAUUAUGGGCUGCAUCUGCUCAAAGGCAACUUUAUCCAAUCAAUACGUUUCUGAGAGUCAACGUAGAGACAAGGAAUUAAAGUCAAGCAAGUCAUCAAAACUGUCAGAAGCUGCAGUUGGGGCUGAUGCGACUGCACGGUUGAUAACCAAUCCUCACACAGAAGAGAAUGCAGGGUCAACUCCUAUUUCAUCGGAUGAAGGGGAGAAGAAGAUGGUGGUUACUGAGAAACCCACAAAACCCUUCAUGGAGGGUGGGGCGAGUGGGGGAAAGUUACCAUCCGGGCUAACUAGGAUAACUAGCGUAUCAAAUGGAGAAAGAGGAGCGCAAGUUGUUGCUGGAUGGCCUUCUUGGCUGACUGCAGUGGCAGGUGAAGCAAUCAGUGGGUGGGUGCCUCUCAAGGCAGACUCAUUUGAGAAAUUGGAGAAGAUUGGACAAGGAACUUACAGCAGUGUGUACAGAGCCCGUGAUCUGGAUUCAAACAAAAUAGUUGCACUGAAGAAGGUGCGAUUUGCCAAUAUGGAUCCGGAAAGUGUGCGCUUUAUGGCGAGAGAAAUUCUUAUUUUGCGUAAGCUUGAUCACCCCAAUAUCAUGAAGCUUGAAGGUCUCAUUACAUCAAGGGUUUCGGGCAGCUUAUACCUUGUAUUUGAAUACAUGGAGCAUGAUCUUGCCGGGAUUGCAGCACGGCCCGGGGUCAAGUUCACUGAAGCACAGAUUAAAUGUUACAUGCAACAGCUUCUUCGUGGGCUUGAGCAUUGUCACAGUCAUGGUAUUUUGCACCGUGACAUUAAGGGAUCAAAUCUUUUGAUCGACUAUUAUGGCAACCUAAAGAUUGCUGACUUUGGACUAGCAACCUUUUACCGACCCCGUCAAAAGCAGCCCCUGACAAGUCGGGUAGUAACCUUGUGGUACCGACCACCUGAACUUCUGCUUGGCUCUACAGAUUAUGGGGUUGCUGUGGAUUUGUGGAGUGCUGGUUGUAUUCUUGCAGAAUUGUUUGCUGGGAAGCCUAUCAUGCCAGGAAGAACAGAGGUGGAGCAACUACAUAAGAUAUUCAAACUUUGUGGGUCACCUUCUGAAGAAUACUGGAAGAGAUCAAAAUUGCCGCAUGCAACUAUUUUUAAACCAACGCAUCCGUACAAGCGUUGUGUUGCUGAGACAUUCAAGGACUUCCCUCUGUCAGCAUUGGCCCUGCUAGAGGUUCUUCUAGCAGUAGAACCUGAAAGUCGUGGAACAGCUUCUUCUGCACUUCACAGUGAGUUCUUCACAUCAUUGCCUCUUCCCUCUGAUCCCUCAACUUUGCCUAAGUACCCACCUAGCAAGGAGUUUGAUGCCAAGCUCCGAGACGAGGAAGCUAGAAGGCGAAGAGCACCUGGUAGUAAAGGAGGGAGUUCCAAAGAAUCAAAGGCUGUGCCAGCACCAGAUGCCAAUGCAAUACAGCGACAAGGGCAGCCUAACCCCAAAAGCAUAAGUGAAAAGUACAACCCUGAUGAGGAUAGUGGCUCUGGCUUUCCUAUCGAGCCUCCCAAAGGAGCAACAUCAAAUGGCUAUUCCCAUUCUGGCCAGUCAAUGCACCCAAGUGCAUUUGGAUCUUCACGGAAUAUGUCGCAAUCUGGCCAGUCUAGGAAUGGUGCGGAGAAGUCUUAUAUGUAUCGUGGGGCAGCCCAGUCGUCCAGGUUUUCCAAUUCAGCUUCGGUUCGAAGUGAUUCACAAUACGAUGGUGUUGUAGAAGCUAGUGCAAAUCCACACUGGCCAGAGGAGCGUAUUAAUGCCAGAUAUAGUCAUUUAGACAACGGGGAUUCCUCUGCAAAACAUGAUUGGUCCCACAAUCUUCUGGAUAGGCCAAAGUCUUCACAUAAGAAGGAUGAACAGCCAUCAGGGAAGGAGUCUGCAACGGGUUAUGCUACCAAGAAGAACCGGAUCCACUACUCUGGACCGUUGAUGCCCCCUGGAGGAAACCUUGAGGAGAUGCUCAAAGAGCAUGAGAGACAAAUACAACAUGCUGUCCGCAAAGCUCGCCUGGACAAGAACAAACCCAAGAAAGCCAACAGUGAAAAUGGACAAACCGAAUCCCUGCUUCACCAUGUAAGAAAUGGCAGGUGAUGACAGAAGGGAAAGUCACACUGGCUUAAUUUUGAAAGCAAGAGCUCCUUCGGAACAGCAUCACUCUGAUAUUGAAGAAAUAUUCCUCUUGAGAACUCAACAAAUCUCACCACGGAAAAGAUAAAUGGGAUUUAUGGAGCUUCUUUGGUUUAUAUCACAUCAGAUAUAUAUUCACUUUUUGAAGAUGGUGAGAGGUCUCUUUGGUGUCCAGAUGCUGGAGACAAGCUGUGCGCAGCCGAAACCUGAUCUGCUCAAUCAGCUAUAUUUCAUUCUUUGUAAAGGCUAAGUUAUAUCACUAAGUCAAAGGUUUUGUGAUCACAGGCCACUAUUUGUUCAAAUCAAUGUACAAGACAGUUCUUACUACUCCAAACCCAUCAGCACAAUGCUCUUUCCUUUUUCUUUUUCUCCCUUUUUUAGGUUUCUUUUGGAAUGAAAUACACAAAUGCAUAUAUUUAAGUAAGCAUAAAUGACUCGAACUCUUCUUGGAGAUCCUACAAUGACACUAAUUUUUUUAUUAUUAAGGAAGUUGGUACCUACCAUAUUUUGUCCAUAA